AUGACUGAAAAGGGUACACACACUGAGUCUGUUUUGGAAAAUAAUCCCAGUUACGACAGCAGCCCUCAAGCUCUUGCCGAAGAGUUAAGACUCAAUAAACGAGUGGUUACAAAAAUUGAUCUCGUUGUUUUACCAUUUCUUGUGUGCACCGUCUUUUUGCAGUUGCUUGACAAGAACUCCCUUUCGUAUGCAGCCAUUUAUGGGCUUAAAACUGAUAACAAUUUGAAAGGUCAAGAAUACAGCUGGCUUGCCACGAUCUUUUAUCUUGGAUAUCUAUUUGCCGAAAUACCAGUGUUCUUUUUGCUACCCAAAAUUCGAAACCUUGGUCGCUUCAUGUGUAUUUUAAUUAUGGUUUGGGGUGCACUGCUAAUGUGUAUGUCUGCCUGUCACAACUUUGCUGGCCUUGCUACUAUUCGUUUGUUUUUGGGUAUAUUUGAGGCUGCGAUCCAGCCAGCCUGCAUCAUGAUCUCUACGACUUGGUACACCAAAAAGGAGCAACCAAUUAGAAUGGCUUUAUGGUCCAACACGUUUGCGGGCGUCUUUAAUGGUAUUUUUGGGUAUGGAAUUGGUCACUGGGGAGGACCAUUGGCAAUCUGGAAAUAUAUCUUUCUCGUGUAUGGUGCCGUGACUGUCACUUUUGGCGCAUGUUACUAUUUUGUUAUUCCAAAUAAGAUUGAGUCCGCUUGGUUCUUAUCAAAGGAAGAGAGGCAAUGUGCGAUUGCACGGACGGCAACCAACCAUACUGGUAUCCACCUGGGACGAAAACAAAUAAAGUGGUCGCAAAUAUUGGAAUCCAUAUAUGACCCCAAGUACUGGCUGCUAGUGGUGUUCAUCAUUGUGCAGAAUUUCAUUAAUGCAGGAAUUACCAAUUUUAAUACGUUCAUCAUAAAAGGUUUUGGUUACUCAAAUUACAAAACUAUGCUUCUGGCCACUCCUCAGGCAGCAGUGGCCAUGGGAGCUUGUGUCAUAGUGGCCGCAAUAUGCUAUUUUAUCAAGAACAUAAGGUAUAUUCUCAUCUGCAUGACUACCGGUGUCACAAUGGCAGGUAUUAUCAUGCUCUGGAAAAUAUCACCAGAAAAACACAGAAAUACCUGUCUGGCAGCGGUGUAUAUCUGUGGGUUCUAUAAUGCUCCAUAUGUGCUGACGCUCUCUUUGAUUGCCUCUAACAAUAGUGGCGGCUCCAAAAAAUCUUUCAACUCUAUUAGUGUUGGCCUGUUCUACGCUCUUGGAAACCUUAUUGGCCCUCAAUUCUUUAUUGAUUCUGAAUCACCAACCUACCAUACAGGUAUAAAGGCAAUGCUUGCAGCAUGUGUCAUUAUGUUUUUUUGUAUCAUUUCGUACGCUAUUCUCUGCUUCACAGAGAACAAACGGAGAGAUAGCAGGUACGCAGCGGAAGGCGGUGUACCCCUAACAGUUGAGGAGCUCAUUCAGAUUGGAGAGGAAGUCGAUCAGAGCGAUAUGACAGACGUGGAGAACAGACAUUUCCGUUACAGCUUUUAG